AUGCAACUUGAAUUAAGUAUUUUAACAUUAAACGUAUGGGGAAUUCCAUACAUUUCAAAAGAUCGCGAUGUACGCAUGCAAGCGAUCGGUGAAUUUUUCGCUGCUAAUGAUAACUAUGAUGUGAUAUCGUUGCAAGAAGUGUGGACGGAAAAUGAUUAUCAAUUGAUUCGAAAAAUUGCUGAAAAAUAUUUACCAUUUUCACACUAUUUUUACAGUGGAGUGUUCGGAUCAGGAUUAUGUAUUCUAUCAAAACAUCCUAUUAUAUCAACACUAUUUCAUGCUUGGUCUGUCAACGGUUACGUACAUCGCAUUCAGCAUGGUGACUGGUUUGGUGGAAAAGGUGUCGGACUAUGUAAACUGCUAAUUGGCGAACAUCGUGUCAAUGUUUAUAUUGCUCAUCUCCACGCAGAAUAUGAUCGUGAAAGUGAUGAUUAUAAUGCACACAGGGUCGUUCAAGCAUUCGAUACAGCUCAAUUUAUUCAAUCAACUCGAUGUGAUACAUGUGUUCAAAUUUUGGCAGGCGAUUUAAAUACAGAACCGGGCGAUUUGGCAUAUCGAAUUUUACUUGCUGCAUCCGGUUUACAUGAAACAUUCAAUAAAACCGAAAAUGGUGAUUGCUGCACGAAUGAGUGUGCAAACAAUUCUUACACACCGCCUGAAUUGAAAGAAAAGACUCCGAACGGAAAACGGAUCGAUUACAUAUUAUAUCGCAAUGGAUACAGUCAUCAAGUGAAAGUUCUUCAAUAUAAACUCCCACUACCGUCAACGAUACCGGGUCAAGAAAUGAGCUAUUCCGACCAUGAAGCAGUUUUUGCGAAAAUGUUGAUUGAAAGCAAGCCAAAAUUAACAGAGUCAGAAAAGACAUCUUCAACAAAGCAUGCGGAAGCGAAUGCAUCAAAAUACGCUGAUACACUAGGUGAAGGCAUUGAAGUGUUGGAUCAAAUUUUAAAACGAUUGCGCUCAGAUAAAAACACAUAUUUUGUAAUGGCAUUACUUUUGAUCAUUCCACUAUUUUUCUUAAUUGACAUUUAUCCACCGUUUGGCAUGGGAAUGGUGUUUCUUUUAGCCAAAAUGCUAUUCAGCGGCAUAGUUAUCUUCUUCAUUUUCAUGGCCACGAUGUGGAAUUCAAUUGAACGGAAUGGAAUAUUGUCAACAAAACUAUCUAUGGAGAUGGCUCGAACGGCAAUCGCACAUUACGAUAACGGGGGUUGUAACAAUGAUCACUCAUGAUCAUAAACAUUUGCUGCCGCUGCAACGAUAUUCAGAUAUCAACUGGAGGGUAGACACUAUCAUGAGUACCACGAAUCCUAUUAAAUUUCGCCCAUUUUCAUCAAUCUUUUCCAAUCUUUGCUAAUCUAAUCCCUCUCAAUUAAUUGUCAUCAUGUCAAAUUUUACCGAUCUUCACCAAUCUUGAACAAUUUUUUUCAAUCUUAUCUUUUUAUUCAUAUUUUCAUAAACAAAUCUUUUCCAGUCACAAAUCUUGUGUCUACCCUCUAGGAUAUCAAUUUAUCUCAAACAAUCAAACAAAAGACAAACAAAGUACAAUCGAUUCUCUUUUUUUUUAUUGAGAGUAUGACGAAAAUGUAUAUCGCUACAUAUGAUGUGAAUUUAAACCUAGUUUUUUUUAUUAAAAAAAGGCCAUAGAAAAAUAAUAUAAAAUAGGUCUUAAAUGAAUAUUCUUA